AUGUCAAAACCAAAAGUAUUAGUAAUUGGUUCCGGUGGUGUUGGUGCAAUUUCAGCCCUUUCAUUAACCACCAAUAAUAAAUCAGAAGUGACAUUAGUUGUGAGAUCUGAUUUUGACUUAAUUUCCAAUAAUGGUUAUUCAAUUGAUUCAUGUACAUAUGGGAAAGUAACCAAUUGGAAACCUCAUCAUUUAGCCAAAUCGGUUGAAGAUGCUCAAACAAGUUUUGGUCCAUUUGAUUACAUUUUAGUAACGACGAAAAAUAUUCCUGAUGGACCUAUCACUUGUGAAGAAAUCAUUAAACCAGCAAUUAAAACUGGUAAUGAAGUGAUUAUAUUAUUGCAAAAUGGAUUAGGUAUUGAAAAUCCAAUGUUUGAAGCAUAUCCAAAUCAUCUUAUAUUAAGUGGAAUUUCAUUAAUUGGUUCAACUUAUUAUCAUGGUCAUGUUAAAAAUUUAGGUAAAGAUUUUGUUUACCUUGGAGAUUUUAAACCAAAACUGGAAAGAUUGCCUUUGUCGCUUGACAAGAUUCAAAAAUUUAUUGAAAUUUAUCAAAAUGAUGAUCCUCUGAAAAAUACCAUUUUAUUAGAUGAAGACGUUCAAAAACGAAGAUGGGAAAAAUUGAUUUAUAAUUCAGUAUUUAAUACAAUUUCAGCAUUAGUACAAUUAGAUAAUACCAGAAUUCAAAUGACCAUUGGUAAUGAGGAAUUAAUCCGCCCAGCAAUGCUUGAAGUCAUUGCAAUUGCCAAAUCAGUAGGGGUUGAAUGUGAUCCAACUUUAGUUGAUAAAUAUAUUCAUAUUGGAGAUGGGUUUUUUUAUAGUCCAUCAAUGUGUGUUGAUGUUCGUAAGGGGCAAUUAAUGGAAUUAGAAAUCAUUUUAGGAAAUCCAUUGAAAAUUGCUAGGGAAAAUAAAGUAUCUACACCAAUCUUAUCCACAAUUUAUCCAUUAUUAAAAUUAGUUCAAUUUAGAUUAAAAGAAGAAAAGAAAAUGUUUGAAAUUGAUAAAAAUGAUUUCCAAGGAAGUUCUGAUGAUUAUCAAAAAAUAUUUUCAGAAAAAUAUGUUAGACAUUAG